CGAUCACCGAUCGCCGCCGUCGCUUCGCCCCCGCAAUCACUCCCUCCCUCACUCCCCUUCAGUCCGCGCCGCCCUGCUCCGCCGGUAGCUUUCCCCAACCCUUCCCGCUCCGAUCGAUCGGUCGAUCUCUCUCGCCGGCGUGGCGGCGGUCGAGUUUGUAGGGCGAUCAGCGAUGACGGUGGAGGCGGAUUCGUCGCCGGUGGUCCGGAGCGGCGAGAGGCCCUCCUCCUGGCCUCCCGGGUUCAGGUUCCACCCGACCGAUGAGGAGCUCGUGCUCUAUUAUCUGAAGAGGAAGAUCUGCCGCCGGAAGCUGCGGCUCAACAUCAUAUCCGAGCUCGAUGUCUACAAGUGGGAUCCUGAGGAGUUACCUGGCCAAUCUUUGUUGAAGAGUGGGGAUAGGCAGUGGUUCUUUUUCAGUCAUAGAGACAGGAAAUAUCCUAAUGCAGCGAGGUCAAAUAGAGCUACCAGACAUGGAUAUUGGAAAGCAACAGGAAAGGAUCGUACCAUUACAUCCAAUGGCCGCGAUGUUGGAGUGAAGAAGACCCUAGUCUUUUACAAAGGUCGAGCACCUAGCGGUGAAAGAACUGACUGGGUGAUGCAUGAAUAUACUCUAGAUGAAGAGGAGCUCAAGAGAUGCCAAAAUGUGCAGGACUAUUAUGCUCUCUAUAAGGUUUACAAGAAAAGUGGACCUGGACCGAAGAAUGGAGAGCAAUAUGGGGCACCAUUUAAGGAGGAAGACUGGGCAGAUGAUGAUUGCUCUGCUGUAACAAAGGUUGUUGAUCAGGAGAUCUGUCCAAAAGAACUUCCUCCAGUUUCUUCAGUAGACAAUGCGGGGAACAACAGUCAUGUCCUGCCUCCAGCUGAUGAUAUCGAAGAGUUUUUUAAUGAAAUUGCAGCGGGGCCUGAACUUGAGCAACCACAGUAUAAUAAUUGUGGUUAUCUGUUACCCCAGGAAGAAGAAGAACAAAGUACAUUGGUGGAUCUGUCAUCUGGAGGAGUAGUCGCUUCAGAGCCACUCUUUGUAUAUGAUCCGAGUACUUUGCGGGAUGAAAGUGUGGCCAACAUAGAGUUAACCCAGUUUGGAGCAUCCCAGUGGCAACAAUCGCAGGAAGCUUCCGAGACAACACGUGCUCCUGAACGCAGUACCUUGGAGGCUCGUGUAAGCGAGGACUUCCUGGAAAUUGAUGAUCUCAUCAAUAGUGACCCCUCUUUCUGUGCCUUGGAGAAACCUGCAGAGGAUCCACAGUUUGAUGAUUUAGAUGGGUUCAGUGAAUUUGAUAUGUUUCAUGAUACGGCCAUGUUUCUUCGUGAAAUUGGAUCCAUGAAUCAGGAAGAUGGUGGGACUACCCAGAUGAAUUGUUUUGAUAAUGGUUUAAUGAACCAAUAUAACCAGCAGCAGCAACCUCCCAUCUCAAAUGUCGCUGAGCAGACUGCCAGUCAGUUGUGGGUGCAUGAGCAAACAAUUGAAGGUUAUACCUCAGCUGAAAUUGCCCAGGGGGUCCAACCGUGUCCUUCAGGUUUUGUAAAUGGUUCUAGUAGCUUGCCCAAUGAAUCAAGUCAAAGCCAAAUCGAAGAGGGUGAUGGUGUGAUGAGUGGAUUCUCUUCGGCGCUUUGGGCUUUUGUGGACUCAAUACCAACUACUCCAGCAUCAGCUUCCGAGAAUGCAAUUGUAAGUCGAGCUCUGGGUAGGAUGUCCAGCUUCAGUAGGUUGAAAUUAUAUUCUGUCUCCACAGAUGUGAGUGCUGUUAAAGGUGAUGCAGUCGUUAAGUCCAGUAGGAGGGGAUUCUUAUUGCUUUAUGUUAUUGGUGUGUUGGGUGCUAUUUUAGGGGUUUUGAUAGGAAGUAUGAGAUUAUGGGAAAGAUGUGUGUCUUGAUGAAGUAAAUGAACCAUGGGAGUUUUAAUAUAAUGCUGGUCUGAGUACAUAGGUACAUUGCUGGAAUAUGUGAGAGCUAUGCUGGUUCUUCAAUAAAAUUACUGAUAUUCCUCGCA